CGAGCAGCGAUGGAGAAGUGGAGAUGGUGGUAGCCAUGGAGAAGUGGAGAUGGUGGUAGCGAUAGAGAAGGGGAGAGGUGGUGGUGAUGAAGAACUGGAGAUGGUGGUGGUGGCGAUGGAGAAGUGGAGAUGGUGGUGGCAAUGGAGAAGUGGAGCAGUGACGGAGACGCGCAGCGAUGGAGAAGUGGAGAGGUGGUGGUGGUGAUGGAGAAGUGGAGAUUGUGGUGGUGGCGAUGGAGAAGUGGAGCAGUGACGGAGACGCGCAGCGAUGGAGAAGUGGAGAUGGUGGUAGCGAUGGAGAAGUGGAGAGGUGGUGGUGAUGGAGAAGUGGAGAUGGUGGUGAUGGCGAUGGAGAAGUGGAGAUGGUGGUGGCAAUGGAGAAGUGGAGCAGUGACGGUGACCCGCAGCGAUGGAGAAGUGGAGAGGUGUGGUGGUGAUGGAGAAGUGGAGAUGGUGGUGGUGGCGAUGGAGAAGUGGAGCAGUGACGGAGAAGUGGAGCAGUGACGGAGAAGUGGAGAAGUGGCUCUCAAAUAUC